GCCAGCUCUUUCAGCAGAAGGAAGCUGUCCAUCUGCAGGAGGGCAAAGCCUGCUUUCAACUAGCUGAAUGAACCAAAUACACCAUCGAAUCUCCUUUAAACUAUCAAGCACUCUUUAGAUCAAAGUGCAGUGAGGGUAUUUGGCAUGUAAAAGCAUCCCCACUCGCUUAGUCGACACAGAUCACAACCCCGCGCUUUCAGCAAAGAAGCAAACAAAUAGACGGGUCCUUUCCUGCCUGUUGCUCGCGCUCCUCUCCCCUUGGGUCGCUUUUGUCUGCGGCUUCUUCGCGCUCCUCUGCUUUCUGACGGACGGUGUUGAAGAGUUCCCAUUCCCCUUCCAGGCCCUCAACCGCUUCUUCACCGACGAGGAGGACGACUUCGACGACCAAGUCCCCAACAACUCCGAGAGCGAUCAAGAGGACGGUGGUGCUUUUGUCAACCACGUCGACUACUAAAAGAUGUCCGACAACCAAGAGAAUGGCUCCCCCAAUGCGGAGCGCAACGAGGGUCCUCCUCCCACCACAUCUUCUGAACACCUCAACAUCAAGGUGACAGACAACAACAACGAGGUCUUUUUCAAGAUCAAGCGGUCCACCAAACUCGAGAAGCUCAUGAACGCGUUCUGUGAGCGGCAAGGCAAGACUCUACAAUCCGUUCGGUUCCUCUUUGAGGGCCAGCGCGUCCAGCCUACCGAUACCCCUGAUACUCUCGAGAUGGCAGAUGGCGACACGUUGGAGGUUCAUCAAGAGCAGGUGGGCGGCUGUGGCAACCUUUUCUAGUUCGAGAACGGGACUAGGUGGAAGGAAUCUCUCAUUUCUUUCUGCCUGACUUUCGGGUCUCGAGCAAAGGCUAUUUGAUCCUCAUUGCGUUUUCGUUAUUUGCAAUUUUUCUCUUGGUUGUCUCUUCAUACAUCGACAGAUGGUGAUCUUUAUGGCGUUCACGAGGGACAGAAAGGGGAAAACGGUUUCUAUUUUCAUAUUCCCUUGCGUAUUUCGCGGGGAGGGCUCACAACAUGGUGGUUCUUUUUCCUACCAUCCCAACUUGAUUUGACACGAUCGUGGGAUCACAACUACUUUCUAGGCAAUCUGAGCUGGAGGAUAGGACCAUUUGGUACUUCUUGCCCUCCCCCCCGAAUGGACUGACAUUUGACAA